GGCCUUUCUGAGAAGGCCCUAUUUAAGCUGAGGCCUAGAAGACCGCAGGAGUUUGUUAAGAGUUCCACGCAGAAGAGUAUGUGACAGCCCCAAGGAGGAGGGAGCUGGCUGGUUUGAGGAACUGGCUGUGUGGCUGGAAGCCAGAAGCAAAGGUCGUGAGAGACCUGGCUGGGCUUUGCUUCUAGGCCUUGGUGAGGAGAAAGCAUUUUAUCCUAAGACCAAUGGGGAAAGCCUGAGGGGGUUUACGUAGAAGUUUCUCUUUACAUUUGAUAAAGCUUACUGUAGCUGCUCCUGCAAGAUGGUUGGACGAGAGAGGGGGAGGGAAGGAAUCAGGAAGACUGCUUUGGAGGCUAACACAGCCCUUCCGGGGAGCAAUGCUAGAAGUCUGCGCCAGAGCAGUGUCACAGAAGAUGGAGAGAAGUGGAUGGAUUCAAGACCUAUUUUGGAGAUAGAAUGGAUCACCCUUGGUAAUAAAUUCAAUGGGGGCCGGGGGGAAGGGUGUUUUUGAGGGAGAAAAAGUGAGAAGGAUGACCCAGACUUUCUGGUUGGAACAUCUGAACGGUGAUCUGUGGAGCACUGAAGAAGCAGAGUUAGAGGGAAAGAUACGGAAUUUCUCUGGAUAUGUUAAGUUUGUGAUGUCUCUGAGUUAUAUAAAUGAAGAAGUAGGAGGACGAGGACCUAGCUUGAUCUGACUCCAGAACCUUCAGCAGGGAAGAAAAAUGUCAGAUGAAGAUCUGGAAGACUUUGAGCCAGACCUGGAUGAUCUGGAAAGGGAAGACGAUGAGAAGGAGACAGAGGAGUGGGAGGACUACAAGAAGGAGGGAGAAGACUUCUUGGAGGAAUGGAUGCCCACCCCCCUCACAGAGGACAUGAUGAAAGACGCGCUAUCUUUGCUCUGCAAGACGGGUAAUGGGCUGGCUCACGCAUAUGUCAAGCUGGAGGUUAAAGAGAGGGAUCUGACAGACAUCUACUUGCUGCGUUCCUACAUCCAUCUGCGCUACGUAGAUGUUUCUGAAAACCACUUGACAGACUUGUCCCCACUCAAUUACCUCACCCACCUACUCUGGCUCAAGGCUGAUGGCAACCUGUUGCACACCGCCCGGCUGAAUGAACUGCCCUACCUGCAGAUUGCCAGUUUUGCCUAUAACAAGAUCACUGACACUGAGGGCAUCUCCCAUCCUCGUCUGGCCAGCCUGGAUCUCAAAGGGAACCACAUCCAUGUGGUGACAGGUCUGGACCCCCAAAAGCUGAUUAGCCUGCACACACUGGAGCUUCGGGGGAACCAGCUGGACAGCACCCUGGGAAUCAACCUUCCUAAGCUAAAGAACCUCUUCCUGGUAGCUCACUGGGCUCAGAACAUGCUGAAGAAGGUGGAAGGCUUGGAGAACCUAAGCAAUCUCACUACCUUGCAUCUUCGAGACAACCAGAUUGAAACUCUGAGUGGCUUUUCCAAGGAAAUGAAGUCACUGCAGUAUCUCAACCUAAGGGGCAACAUGGUGACUGACCUGCGGGAGCUAGCCCAGCUGCGGGACCUGCCCAAGCUUCGAGCCUUGGUGCUGCUGGACAACCCGUGCACGGACGAGAACGACUACCGCCAAGAGGCCCUGGUGCAGAUAGCACAGCUUGAACGCCUGGACAAGGACUUCUAUGAUGAGGAGGAGCGGGCUGAUGCCGAUGAGAUCCGUCAGCGGCUGAAGGAGGAGCAGGAGCAGGAGGCUGAGGCUGAGCCCGAGCCCGAGCCAGAGCCUGAAUCUGAACAGGACUAGUUAUUGAUCCAGCGGUUCUGGCCUCCAGGGAUAGUAAGAAAGUGGGGCAGGGAGGCAGGAAGAGGAGGCUGGGGCCUGCAGAUGGGGAAGAGGAGGAGUGGCCGUAGGAGGAGGGGGUGAAGAAGGCAUAGCCAAGGAGAACCCUUGGGGAUACCUGGGUUAGGAGCCAGGGGUGUCCCAGGUUCAGGAGAAGGAACAAGAAGGGCCUGGAAGGAGCUGAAAAAGGCCGAGGAGAUACAUCAGGAAGCCUAAAGAGUAAGUGAAAAGAAUCCGGGUGGCAGGCAGAAGUGGUGGUGUGGGCUGGGCAGCCACACCUGACUCAGAGUGGAGAUCAGCCAGAAAGGCUAGGCUGGGGCAUGGUGAGGGGUGGGUUAGGGGCAGUGUAUGAGGAUGUGGGCCGGGUCUAGGGAAGGGGAAGAGGGGAAGAUCCUGUACAAUUAUCUGAAGCUAAAAAUAACAGGACACAGGGGCAGAAGGAAGAAAGGAGGGCAGGGUGAGGCAGAAAGAGAUGGAGGUGAUGAGUCCAGGGAAGGGUGGCAGCUGGCACUCCAGAUGGGGCAGAGGCAGCAGUGGGAGAGCAGCAGGGCCCAAAGGCUUGGCUUCUGUCCCCUUCCUCCAGGAGAGCAAAGACGCUGGUCCCAAACUGAGAAGACUCCCAGUUACAGGAGCCACCACACGCACACCCCUCAUCCGGAGCCAGAGGCUGCCUUCUCCUGCCCCAGGCCUGGAAAUCUAUCACAGCCUGGCGCCCAGGAUCUCUAUG